CACCGUUUUAAAACAAUUAGUUUCGGGUCUUGUAACUAAGUUACUAACUUCGCUUACCACCGCCGGCAAUGGAGCUGCCGGAGUGCCCAGUGUGCCUUCAAUCCUUCGACGACCGCGACGCAAUUCCUCGGGUCUUAUCAUGUGGACACUCGGUUUGCGAAGUUUGUCUCGUGGAGCUUCCGCAGCGGUACCCGGAUACUAUUCGGUGCCCCGCUUGCACCCAACUCGUGAAGUAUCCUUCUCAACAAGGCCCUUCUUCUCUUCCCAAAAACAUCGACCUCCUCAGACUCUCGCUCCAACACUUCCCUUCUUCUUCUAAUCGUUCCCACAACAAACGGUCCACGGUCAAUUCUGGUUACGAUCACUCUUCGUUCUGGUCCCCUGAGUUCUAUGAUGCAUGGAAGAAUUGGAUUCUUCCGCGCGACGCUGUUUUAACUGACGAUCAUUGUCAUGGCCGGUUCAGUUCGUCCAAGGGUAGGGUUUGUUUCGGAGUUAACCGCUGCGUGAGUCUCGCUCCGAUUGUUUGUUUCUCUCCUGGGAAUGACUCUAAGUUUAGGUUUAGUUAUGUUGCAUGGGUGAUUAAGUGUUUGGAGGGGAUGAGCGAGGCUGCGAGAGAGGAGUUAGCAUGGAUUCUUGAAGCUUCCGUGAGGCAGAGUAGGGUGUGUAGGGUUUUUGGGUUGUGGAGUGAAGGGGUGGAGGGACCUCUGUAUAUGGUGUUUGAGAGGCAAAGUGGUAAUCUUUUAGACAAGUUUGGUGAAUUGAGAAAUGGAUUUGUUGGUGGGAAUGAGGGUGGUUUGGAGUUGGACACUGGUGGGAUUUUUAGUUUUUUAACGAUUGGGAGGGGUAUAUGUGAAGCUGUGCUUUCUUUGCAUUUGGAAGGUUUGGUUGCUGGUUGUUUAGGGCUUUCUUGUUUCUCUUUUGAUGAGCUCGGUGGGAUUUGUGUUGAUUUGAAUGAGGUAUUGGGAAUGGGAAGGCGGUUGCACGCUGUUUUCAGUAAACAUGAGAAAGAAGCAAUGUCUAAAGAUUGCUUGGAAAAUGAGAUUUUUGUAAGUCCUGAGGUUUUGUAUGAGUUGUUGCACAAGAGGAGAUCUGGUCCUGAUGGUGGGCGUUUCAGAUAUCCAAUAGGGUAUGGCUCAGAUGUAUGGUCAUUGGCCCGUGUACUGUUGUGGCUUCUUAUUGGAAAUGUGCUGCCUCGGAAUACCUUGGAAAUGAAUGAAGAGAGUGAUGGUGAUAGCACAGCUAGUUAUGUGUGUUGGGUGGAGAAAGUUAGUUCUGUUUUGGAAGACAAACUAGGCUCUGAGUAUCUGUCACUGGGGAAGACUCUUUGCAAAUGUUUGGACGUCAAUCCAGGAAACCGUCCAGAUGUGGUAGAUGUAAGGAAGUGCAUUCAGGAUAUGUUAGUCAAACCUCAAUUUGAAAUUCUGGGCAACUUAGAGGUCACCAUAAGUAAGGACAGUACAGGUCGCUGUUUGGUUCUAGGGGAGCUGUCUCUGUUGCCUAAGGAAUGGUCUGACGAACCAAGAGAGUUUGAGUUGCGGGAGAAACAAAUUGGUGGUCAACCAAAUUUUGCUCAAGAUGGCCAAGACAAGUCUGAUGAGGACUCUGCUGCUGGUUUAUCUGGGGGAUUGACUGAACUCAAACAUCUGCGAGGCCAUCUUGAUUUUGUCAGUGGAUUGGCUGUUGGAGGUGGGUAUUUGUUCAGCUCCUCAUUUGACAAAACUGUUUGCGUAUGGUCCUUGAAGGACCUUUCUCCUUUACACAGAUUUAGUGGUCAUGAGAAUAAAAUCAUGGCCCUAGUUUGUGUAGAUGGAAAAGAACCAUUGUGCAUAAGUGGUGACAGUGGAGGGGGCAUAUUUAUUUGGGGAACUGCCCCUUUUAGGCGAGAUCCCUUAAGGAAAUGGUAUGAGAAGCAGGAUUGGCGUUUUAGUGGUAUCCACUCCUUGGCUGUUUCCAAAAAUUAUUCUCUUUACACCGGAAGCGGAGAUAGAACAAUAAAAGCUUGGUCAUUAGAGGAUGAAACUUUGAUAUGCACAAUGACUGGUCAUAAAUCUGUAGUUUCCACACUUGCUAUUUGUGAUGAGGUUCUUUACAGUGGUAGUUGGGAUGGUACAGUUCGGUUGUGGAGUCUAAAUGACCACUGUCCAUUGACAGUUCUGGGGGAAGAUAGGAUUGCAGAUAUGCACUCUAUCCUGGCUAUUACUGUAGAUAGGCAUUUGCUUGUUGCAGCACAUGAGAAUGGAUGCAUAAAGGUCUGGAGGAAUGAUGUGUUCAUGAAGUCCAAAACAUUGCAUAACGGAGCCAUUUUUGCAAUGAGUAUGCAGGGAAAAUGUCUUUACACAGGAGGUUCGGACACAAAUGUUAAUAUACAGGAAUUAUCUGGAGACGAAUUUGAACUGGAUGUCAAACCAUAUGGAUCCAUUCCAUACCGUUCUACUGUUACAACUAUAUUAUACAGCCAAGGAAAACUGUACGUCGGAUAUACUGACAAGUCUAUUAAGGAAAAUCUCGGUCGUGUUCAAAAGCGUUUCACCGACUUAACGAGCUUGAACUAUUGGGUUGUUCGCGACUACUACCGUCUCGUGAACUCCGUCAACGCCUUCGAGCCUCAGAUUCAGGUGCUCUCCGAUGAACAGCUGGCCGGGAAGACCUCCGAGUUUCGCCGCCGGCUCGCGCGAGGGGCUACGCUUGCUGACAUUCAAGCUGAGGCGUUCGCUGUUGUUCGUGAAGCUGCAUGGAGAAAACUUAGAAUGCGCCAUUUCGAUGUUCAGAUUAUUGGUGGGGCAGUGCUGCAUGAUGGGUCCAUUGCUGAGAUGAAAACCGGGGAGGGUAAAACCUUGGUUUCCACACUAGCUGCUUAUCUAAAUGCCCUGACCUCUGAGGGUGUUCAUGUGGUAACUGUUAACGAUUAUUUAGCUCAGCGUGACGCCGAAUGGAUGGGACGCGUUCAUCGUUUCUUAGGUCUAUCUGUUGGUCUUAUUCAGAGAGGAAUGAAUGCUGAAGAACGAAGAAUCAACUACAGAUGUGAUAUAACAUAUACCAAUAAUUCGGAGCUUGGAUUUGAUUACCUGCGAGAUAAUCUGGCUGGAAAUCGUGACCAGCUUGUAAUGAGAUGGCCAAAGCCCUUUCAUUUUGGAAUCGUUGAUGAAGUGGAUUCUGUCUUGAUAGACGAGGGAAGAAAUCCUUUGUUAAUCAGUGGUGAGGCUAGUAAAGAUGCUGCACGAUUCCCUGUUGCUGCAAAAGUAGCUGAACUUCUUAAACAGGGCAUUCAUUACAAAGUGGAGCUUAAAGAUAAUUCUGUGGAGUUGACUGAGGAAGGAAUUGCUCUUGCGGAAAUGGCUUUAGAAACUAAUGACCUUUGGGAUGAAAAUGAUCCGUGGGCAAGAUUUGUGAUUAAUGCUAUAAAAGCUAAAGAAUUCUAUCGUCGAGAUGUGCAAUACAUUGUCAGAGAUGGAAAGGCUUUGAUUAUCAAUGAGCUGACAGGAAGAGUUGAAGAGAAAAGGAGAUGGUCUGAGGGGAUUCACCAGGCUGUGGAGGCAAAGGAAGGUUUGAAGAUUCAGGCAGAUUCUAUUGUUGUGGCACAGAUCACAUAUCAGUCAUUAUUCAAGCUCUAUCCGAAGUUGUCAGGAAUGACUGGGACUGCCAAAACAGAAGAGAAAGAGUUUUUAAAAAUGUUUAGGAUGCCAGUCAUUGAAGUGCCCACAAAUCUUCCUAAUAUUCGAAAAGAUUUACCAAUUCAAGCUUUUGCUACUGCUCGUGGGAAAUGGGAGCAAGUUCGCCGAGAAGUUGAAUAUAUGUUUAGACAAGGUCGGCCUGUCUUAGUUGGAACAACUAGUGUAGAAAAUUCGGAACUUUUGUCUGGUAUGCUAUGGGAAUGGAAUAUUCCUCACAAUGUUCUGAAUGCUAGGCCCAAGUAUGCUGCAAAAGAAGCAGAAGUUGUUGCACAGGCAGGACGGAAACAUGCCAUUACCCUCUCUACAAAUAUGGCCGGCAGGGGCACAGACAUAAUCCUUGGAGGAAAUCCAAAAAUGCUUGCCAGAGAAAUUAUAGAGGAUAGCUUACUUUCAUUUUUGACACGGGAGGAUCCAAACGUCGAACUUGCAGGGGAAGCUAUUUCACAAAUGGUGCUUCCAAAGAUAACAGUUGGAUCAUCAUCAAUGGCCUUACUGGCUAGAACAACCUUAAUGGCCAAAUAUGUAUCCAAAAGUGAGGGUAAAAGUUGGACAUAUCAGAAGGCUAAAUCUUUUAUCUUGGAGGCUAUUGAAAUGAAUCUUUCAUAUAGUUUGGAAGAGCUAGAGAAGCUUGCAAAUGAAGAAUCUGAGACCUACCCUCUUGGUCCAACUGUAGCGCUUACCUAUCUGUCAGUUUUGAAGGAUUGUGAAGAACAUUGUUUGAAUGAAGGUUCUGAGGUAAAAAGGCUUGGGGGACUUCACGUGAUUGGUACAUCUUUACACGAGUCCCGGAGAAUAGAUAACCAGCUGCGUGGCAGAGCAGGGAGACAAGGGGAUCCAGGAUCAACACGAUUUAUGGUCAGCUUGCAGGAUGAGAUGUUUCAAAAGUUCAAUUUUGAUACUGAAUGGGCAGUGAGACUUAUCUCAAGGAUUACAAAUGAUGAGGAUCUGCCAAUUGAGGGUGAUGCCAUUGUAAAGCAGCUUUUGGCGCUGCAAAUCAAUGCAGAAAAAUUCUUCUUUGGCAUAAGGAAGAACCUCGUUGAGUUUGAUGAAGUGUUGGAGGUGCAACGAAAGCAUGUUUAUGAUCUAAGGCAAUUAAUCUUAACAGGAGAUGAUGAAAGUUGUUCCCAACACAUACUCCAGUACAUGCAAGCAGUGGUUGAUGAGAUCGUCUUCAAUAAUAUUGAUCCAGUGAAGCAUCCACGUAGCUGGGGUUUGAGUAAGCUCUUAAAAGAAUUCGUGACUGUCGGUGGAAAGCUGUUGCAUGAAUCUUUUGAAGGAAUUAGUGAUCACACUUUGCUAAAUUCACUUGGGCUACUAAAUGAUGUGAGCUCAGUUGAUAUUGUAAACUUUUCCCUUCCAAAUUUGCCAGCGCCUCCAAAUGCCUUCAGGGGAAUACGCAGGAAGAGCUCGUCAUUAAGACGAUGGCUUGCUAUCUGCACAGAUGAUUUAAUUGGGAAUGGGAAGUAUCAAACCACUUCUAAUCUUCUUCGCAAGUAUCUUGGAGAUUUUUUAAUUGCUUCAUAUUUAAAUGUUGUUGAAGAGUCUGGUUAUGAUGAGAGACAUGCAAAGGAAAUUGAGAGAGCUGUUCUUUUGCAAACUCUUGAUUGUUUCUGGAGAGAUCAUCUAGUAAACAUGAAUAGACUCAGCUCUGCGGUGAACAUUAGGAGCUUUGGCCAUAGAAAUCCUCUUGAAGAGUACAAAAUUGAUGGUUGUCGGUUUUUUAUCUCAAUGCUAAGUGCCACUCGGAGGUUAACUGUAGAAGCACUGCUGCGGUAUUGGACAUCUCCAAUGGAAUCUGAUGAACUAUUUUUAUCAUGAAAUUGAUAUAGUUCAAGAAAAUUCUGCAAGGCCAAUCUUUUGCGCAAAAGCUAAUGGUGUUUCAACUAGUCAGUUGUUUUACGUGAUAUAGAUGCGAAAAAGUUACAUGGCUUUUGGAGCACAGGUUCCUUCAUCUCGCAGCAGUGUUCUCCUUCUUCUGCUUUGUCAAAGAUGAGCGUGCACCUUAUUACAUUGGUAUCACGAGAUAAAGAAAUUUAAUAUCUGCGUUACUUGAGGCUUGGAGAAGGGUCUUAACUUUUUCCCCCUUCCCCUUUUUGACAGGCGAAGCAAUCAAAGGAGCCGAUCCUAUUUAUUUGAAUGCUUUUGCUUAGUUUACAUGAUUAAAAUGAGGUUUGCAUGAUGGACUGAUGGUGCCUGGAGUUUAGCAAGAGCUGUGCUUCCCAUCCAAAUUGUUCUUCCAAAAAGAACACGAAGCUAUUCAAGUUAUGCACAAUCCUGCAUAAUAUUUUUUUUCUUUGACAUUGGUCAUUGUGGAUCACGUUUAGUAUUAACAGAAGUCGUAGUGUAUCAUGUUUUAUCCCGAAGAGUUUAUACAAAAAGUACAGAAUGUAAAAUAUUAAGCAUCUAUAAUGUAUAAUGCAAUGAAUUACAUCUGCUGUUCA